UGCUCCCAUAAGCCUACACUAAAAUCAUUUGCCAUUAAAUAGAUAAUUAAUUCAUUCAUUGAAUUCAUUGCUUGCUUGUGAUACAAGGAUACUAGGACAUUUAUCAUCAAGAGUUUGUACAACAAUCUACAUUGUAGUAAUGCAUCUAAAUUUUGACCUUGUGAUUUGGUGAUAAUUACAGGGCCAUUAUAAAUCAUUGAAACUAUAUUAACAUUGUUAUUACUGGGUUUUAACAGUGACUGUCUUUUCCCUGAACAAUAGCAUUUAAUGAAGCUUACAUGCAGUGUGGCCUAUCAGAGUGAAUGUAAAGCACAUGCAUAAGAUGAACUGGACACCCUUACUAAGUACAUACAUACAGACAACAUACACUAAAAUUAUGACUGACAGACGUCCCUGCUUACUAAGAUGUUAACACUGUCUUUUUUGUUCAUUAUAUAUAAAAUUGUUUAAUACUUAAUAUUAGUACACUCUGUUGUAUCUGGAAAAAAGCUACGUUUUAUUUUUAUGAAUUGGAUGGAUGUCUUGGCAGAGCCUACUGUCUGUAGCAAAAGUGCAGAAUAUCUUUUUACUACUUCAUCGUAAAUAAAUUAACUCAUUGUGGACUGUCCACAGUGUAUUAAAACUUGCUUUGUAAUUAAUAAUCCACAGGUACCAGUCCAACCUACAUUUUUUUAAAUCAAUUUUAUCAUUUAAUUGGUAGACAUUGCCACUUGUUACUCUUGUGCUAUGGGUUUGAGAUAUAAACAAUAUAUCUAACAGGCCACAUUUGCACCUUGCCAUGUCUUGUUAAUUAAUAGAACAUUGUCCAAUUAUGUGUUGGUUUAUUAAACACACAAGCUGUCACAUUUUAUUAAAACAUGCUUUGCUGGACUUUUGCACUGGAGGAAAGAAGGAGAACGUGUGUUUUUUUUUUAUUUUUUCAGUAACUGUUCAUUGUUUGAGUUUAAAGUAGUAUAUAUAUUAGGCUAUAUUAAAAGAUUCAUAGUUAUGUUAUUGUUUUUAUUAUAACAUACAUAUUAUUAUAUUAGUUGCCUAUUUACACCGAUCGAGCAAAACUUAGGACCUGAUAUAGUCAAACAUUCUCUCUCCUUUUAGCUUUGUUUGGCUCUCCUCUAAGAAAAAUACCUGCCUUUUUUGUAGCUAAAUGCUUCACUAUGUUCACCAACUAGUCACUAACAUUGUCAGCUGGUGGAUGUUGGGGUAGCAUCUCGCUGCUGCUGGAAAUGAGGUUGGUGAGAUUGGUGAGACAAACCAAAACAGUUGUGGGCCAUAAAAACCAAAACAAUGAGCUGAAUGAUGCUAAAACUCUGCAGAGCUGAGCAGAACUGCAGAGUCGGGUGAUAAUCAUUUGUUAGUUUGUGCUUAUGAGUGCCCCCUUUCACAUUACACAUAGUCAUUUGACCCUUUGUAUAUAUAUACAAACAAAUAUUGGUGCAGCUUUAAUGUGAAAGAAUGCAGAUAUAAAAUACAGUAAUCCUACAGGUUAUUUGUCUUUUGACAAACAAAAAAAAAUCUUAAAACACUAGAAAAGAAAAACGUAUGACAGACUGCUCUAGAUAUUAUACAUGCUCUUUUACUGACAAGAGUACAAAUACACUGAACUACAGUCCUUGCUGUGCUCACACAGCCUUCACUUCACGGUGCUGUUGUCGCCGUGGCCCCUCCCACGCCGUGACGUUUCAGGGAGAGUGUUGAGCUGAGAGAGGAAAGCAGCUUUAAUUGCUGGGCAGAGAGAAAAGCCAGCGAUGGCUUCGCUCAGGCAGGAGCACCAGUAUGGGCUCUCCUGUGGAAAAAAUAACAAAAACAGCUCCAACGGGACGCUGUUCCAUGUCAAGCUCACGGACACAGCUAUCAGGGCGCUGGAGGCUUACCAAAACCUCAAGGGAUCUUUACCAAGUGAACCAUCGAUUUGUUUCAAAGGAAACCAAGGGUACAUCAAGAUCCCAGCUCCCACACCAGAGUCACCUUCUGCUCUUCGUGUCUUCUCCUUCUACUUAUCCAGCGACAGCAAAGACCAACCUCAAGCCAGCUUUGACUGCAUCCAUCAAUAUGUUUCAAGUGACGGCCGUGAGCAGCUGGAAGGUCAAGGCAUCAUCCAGGACAAGAUCACAGUGUGUGCCACCGACGACUCGUACCAGAUGACCCGAGAGAGGAUGUCUCAGGUGGAGAAGGACAGCUGGAGCCGCUCUGCCAUUGAGAUCAAACCUGGAGCCACACAUCCAAGUGGCAAAAGUGAAUCCCAAAGACAGCAGCUACCUGCUGAGGGAUGACUUCUACAAGCACGUGCAGAGGGAUUGGCCAGGACACAGCGAGGAAGAGAGGCAGCUGAUCAGCAGGCUGUUGGCCAGGAAGUUGCAGCCGCAUAUCAGCCACCAAUCGAGAAAUCUUCAAGCAAAUGUGUCGAUACUGAAGACCCCAGAGGAUACGACGCUACAUCACAGCACAGCAAAAAAUCCUGCAGUGAAACGCCCUGUGCCUUUUGACUCGCCGGAAAGGCUAGCUGUUAAGAGACAAAGACUUGCAGACCAGAGGUUGCAACAGCAGCCGACAGUAAACGGACUCUUAAACAAUAAAGGACACAACAUUGCAACUCCUACCCUUAACCCCAGUUUCCACACAAAGACUGAGUUUCAACGGACAAGUAACCAUACUGGUAACCAAAAUGGCUUACCAGGGGGCCACAAUGGAGUUCCUCUAAUGCACAGCACCUCUGACACACCUGUGGGAGAGCAAGAACCCAAAAUAAGCAGCCACCAGCCACCGCAGGUCAACUCUAACUGCGCUCACCAGCAGCUCGCCAACAGCCAGCACAGGAAGAAGAAAUCUAAAAAGCACAAAGACAAGGAACGAGAGAGGUUAAAAGACAACAAGGGCAGCGAAUGGUUAGAGACGAGUCCUGAUAUCAAGCAGAACCCGGACAAACUUGACAAUCCUGACAUCACAAACGCUGUGGCCUCUGAGGAGAAGCCGGAUUAUGUGCUCACGUACGGCACCAUCAUGAGUUUGGAGCAACGGCAGAGGUACCAGGAGGAUUUUUGUGCAGAGUAUGAUGAAUACAAAGACCUCCACUCUCGGAUCGCCACCAUAACUCACAUGUUUGUUCAGCUAGGAUCCAAGAUCAAAAGCUUGUCCCCUGGCACGCAAGAAUAUAAGAUAAUGGAAGACCAAAUACUAGAAAAGUACAACAAGUAUCGGGAGAAGUUCCCUGGAUACCGGGAAGAGAAGAAACGGUGCGAGUAUCUCCAUGAGAAGCUUUCCUACAUCAAACAGCUCAUCAUAGACUAUGACGUCUCACAGGCCUCUUCAUAGCAUCGGCUCUCCGUCCGCUUUAUCAGUUUUUUUUAUAUGGAACUCCCGUCUUUGCAUAAACAACAUAGGUGUCCAACGAAGCGUUUUUAUUGAGAGUGAUAUAAAAGGUUUUGGAUGAAACUUCAGACAUCAACACGGCAAGCUCCUGUGAGGAUCACAGAUGAUACUGGGAGCACUAAUGAUAUAAAUCAAUAGCAGAUUCCAGUCUGGUAUUUGUAAGUCUAUUUGUUUUAAAGUUGUCAUUUUUUAACAGAUAUUUGUUGAUGUAAAAAGUCCAAGAAAGAGGAAAAAAAAGUCUUGGUACUAAUGAGAUCUUGCCAUCACAGACAAAAACUAGUUAAAACCAGUUUCAGUGUAAGCCAUUUUCUUGGAAAUAUGUAAAAGGUAGCAAAUAUGACUUUAACUUAUUCACUUUGUUUCUGACACUUGUUAAGUCAAACAUUGCUUCAGGCAAGUUUUCCCCUUUCCUUUUCUAUGAAGUUCAAAAUGCAGCGUAAAAAAAGCAAGUGCUUUUCAAUUGCAUAACAAAGUUGCCUCAUUCAUGAUACAUGAUUGAAGCAGCCCCAGCAAAAAAAACCAAUUUCAAGUCCUUUCAUCUCAGAUUCAACAUUCACGUCUUAUUAUGCAAAUGUAUUGAGAUAAUUCUACGUGUUCCUAGUGCAAUUUCCCUUAAUGAUUCAGGCAUUUAUCAGCAUGUUUCUAUCAGUUGAUGCAUUAGCAACAUCUAGGAAGAAAUAGAUUUAGUAUUGGCACAAGGGAAAUAAUCUCACCCCUUGGCACAAGGUAAUCAUUUAGGAUAUCUUGCAAUACAGUGGUCCUGACAUAUUGGACACUAAAUUCAAAUCCUUAACAUACCUGCUGUCAACCGCUGAAUCCAAUGAGAUAAAACUGGAAAAUAUUAAAAUAGCUGCACAUACUCGUACGUAUGUACUGUAGAACCAGUUGCAAUACAGUACAUUGAAGUAUGUCUCCCAAAUGCACUUGCGUUUAAAGUAUUUAUUUACCCCACCCCAUUCUUUUGAAAGACUGGUAAAGGGACCAAAAUGCUUGGCCGUGAUGGCUGUUGCAAUAAUUUGGUGAGGAAAGAGGAUUUUCCUCCCCAAAGCCAUUACUGAAUCAAUCAGGCAGGUUAAUCAGGCGCCAUGUCUACUUUAAAGUAUUUCAAAACAGUGGAGAAAAAGAAAGUGUCUUUCCCUCUCAGAUUUUGUCUUCUACCUUCUUAGAACUACUGAUGUAUUUAUUUUAAGCCCUCUUCCUCCGCUCUGUGUUGUUGGCCUCCUCAGCUUGAAGCGUCAGGUCUCGUUAGAUCAAAGUGUUUCUAUCCAAGCAGCUGGGGGAGCGAGGUGGGAGAGGCUGUGAAUAGAUCAAAGGUCCGUGUUGUAUGUUUUGUCUCUGUCUGACCCGACAGAGUUGUGGAGAGUGACUGAGUUAAAGCUGCUCCAAAGUCCUCUAAAUAUUCAUGUCGAAAUGGCAACAAAAGGCCUCGGCCCCUUUAACAUAUGUUCCCCCGGCCGAACACUUGAGCUGUGUCUGAAAUUGUUCACUUCCUCACUAUAAAGAAGAAACUGUAUCACACACAAAGCAUGGUGGUAUGUUACCUAUUUGUUCACAUUGUAUUGCACUGUUAGAUUAUUUAAGAAUUCAGACAGCACUACAGAACUAAAUUGGGGACUUUGUAGUGGACACUGAAUGAUUUCAGAGUCAGCCCUAGAUAUUCGGUCUUCAGGGAAACAUGGAGCCAUAUUGGUAAAGAUUUUACAUAAGCAUUUUUGGUACUUGUGUAUUUUAAAACACUAGCCUGGAGGGUUUUCUAUCCUUCAGUUUCCAGUAAAUAAUCAGUGCCCAUUCUUUGCACUUAACCCAGUCUGAAGAAAGGGGAACGACAGGCGGAUAAAAUUUCCACUACGAUUGUAAUCGUUCACCGUGGUUGCAGUUUUUGUACUGAAUGUUAUCACGCAGACAAUGACGUAGAAGCCUUAAGAUUACACUUUUUACAGGACAAAUCUUCAAACUGCCAAUAUCAACAAGGAGUCAUUAUCCACACACAUCUGUUCUCUGCCUUAUAUUAUCGUUAGCUGUUACAUUUAAACCUGUCUUAGCCAUUUCAAUGUUCAAAUGGAUGCCAACAGUGGCUUUGUCACACGUCAGAAUAUUACUUUCUGGAGGAAAUGUUUCAUAAUGUAAUUUUAAAAUUGUUUAGUGCACAGUUUCAUUGGCUAUGGUGGCAUAGCUUACUCAUCAGUUGCAUUUGUAAUCGUUGUGGUACUCUGUUUAUCAUCAUCAUCUCUGAGAUAUAUGCUCAGGUAUUUAUCAUUAGGAAUAUCACUUUGGUGUGAUAUGCGGCUGAUAUUCCUAUUGACAUCCCAUCUAAAUAUCAUCUUGAUUGGAAGACUGUCUUAUGUGAUAUUUAAAGCACACAAAAAAUCUAUUGUUAAUAACAAUACUCAAUCACUUUCAGGUAGUGGGCGGCAAUUAUGAGAAGAUUUCAGGGCGAAAAUGGUAUAUUGUCAAGCUGUUGAUUAAAGACCAUAAUUAUCUGUUGGUUACUGAGUUUGAUGGAGAUCAUAAUUAGAUUGGGGUUAUUGAGUAUGAUGAAAGAAUCACUGGUCUUGAAGACAGAAUAUUUCUUAAAAAGUCGCUAAAUUAAUUUUAUUUAUCUUGUCUUAAUCACAAACUUCAACAAAAGGUUCAUAAGGCGUUCUGUUUUUUGGACUGGUGCUGGAUAUUUACAAGGCACCAGUGUGUACUGUGCAGUAGGUGUUUUUAUGUACCACGUACCUGCUGAAGGGAAAGCCUCAUCUUAGUCACAGAGGAGUCAGAAGAGAGUAUGCACUAUGGACUACGUUUUACAAAUGUAUACUUUCUCUUUUUCUGUUGUGCAAAGUUCAAAAGAAUAAAAACAUCA